AUGACAGAUACUAAAGGUACUCAACAACCACAUAAGGGUGGCAAGGGUGGAAAGGGUGGCAACAAACAUACCAACAACAAAGAAGGAGCUGCUGUAACAGCUAAAGGGGGAGCUGGAGGCGACAAAGCCAAGAAGGCAACAUGGCAAAAGACCAAAGAGAUGAAGAAACAAACAAAGAAAGAUAUACGUCAACAGUUUAUGGAUAAACUCAAGGCCAUCGAAGAGAGGAUUGAGAAUGAGAAGCCUCCAAAAGGUACCAAUCCAUUGGCUAAUGAUAAUAGUAAAGCAACGACAACAGAUAAGAAGACAAAAGAGAAUGUUGAACAUAAGAUAAACUAUACAGCUGCAAGAAUGUUCAGUGAGUUGCCUAUUUCAGACGAGACCAUUGGAGCAUUGGAGGAGGCGAAAUACAAGAGAAUGACUGAGAUCCAGAGAGCUUCUAUCCCCCAUGCCCUCUGUGGCAGGGACAUCCUAGGUGCUGCCAAGACUGGUUCUGGCAAGACACUUGCAUUCAUCGUUCCCAUGUUGGAAGUACUCUGGAGAGCUAACUGGACUGAGAAUGAUGGUGUUGGAGCAAUCAUCUUGUCUCCAACUAGAGAGUUGGCAAUACAAAUCUUUGAAGUACUAAGAGUGGCUGGCAAGAGACAUGGAUUCUCAGCUGGAUUGAUCAUUGGUGGAAAGGAUGUGGAGGGUGAGAGAAAGAGGAUAAAUAUGAUGAAUAUUCUCAUUGCGACACCAGGUAGACUUUUACAGCAUAUGGACCAGACCGAUGGUUUCCAAUGCCAUGGCGUAAAGAUGUUGAUCUUGGAUGAGGCCGACAGAAUCCUCGAUCUUGGUUUCACCAAGACUCUCAACGCCAUUAUCUCCAAUCUGCCCAAGAGUCGCCAGACCCUUCUCUUCUCAGCAACACAGACUAAGUCGAUCAAAGACCUGGCGCGUCUCUCACUCAACGAGCCAGAGUACAUCUCUGUCUACGACAAGGAUCAGAUAUCUACGCCCAACAAGCUCGUCCAGACAGUGUGUGUGGCGCCAUUGGACAAGAAGCUGGACCUGUUGUUCUCAUUCAUCAAGACACAUUUGACCCAAAAGACCAUCGUCUUUUUGUCGACAUGCAAACAGGUGCGCUUCGUCUAUGAGAUGUUCCGUCUGAUGAACCCUGGCUGUCGUCUCUAUCAACUGCAUGGCAAGAUGAAGCAGUGGACCCGUCUGGAGGUGUUCCAGGACUUUUCUAAUCAGCGCGAGGGCACAAUGUUUGCCACGGACAUUGCCGCACGUGGCCUUGACUUCCCUGAGGUCGACUGGGUCGUGCAGCUCGACUGUCCCGAUGACAUCCAGACCUACAUCCAUCGUGUGGGUCGCACAGCCCGCUACCACGCCAACGGCAAAUCAUUCAUUGUGUUGCUUCCUUCCGAGAGGGAUGGCUUCACAGCGCUGAUGGACAAACAGGGCAUGAAGUACGACAUCAUGGACGCCAACCCCAACCAACUGGUGACGAUACACAGCCAGCUGGCGAGUUUCUUGUCCGAGAAGAGCGAGCACAAAUACCUGGCGCAAAAGGCGUUCGUGUCUUACCUAAAGUCGAUGCAUCGCCAAGAGAACAAGGGCGUGUUCAACAUUGAGGAUCUGGACCUGACGGCCUACUCCAAGUCCAUGGGUCUGCCCGGUGCGCCCAAGGUGCAGUUUGGCAAGACGCUCAAGGUCGACAAGAACCAGCCAUACGCCAUGACCGAGUUGAAGAAGAAGGAGUAUGAGAAGAAGUUGAAGUUGGAGCGUGGUGAGGCUGUGGCAGAGGACGAAGAAGACGAGGAGGACAAGAAGAUGAAGAAGAAGUUGGCCGAUGAUGACGACUCGGACGAGGAGGUAACAAACGCACAAAAGCCACUCACCAAGCUGGAGAAGUUGUUCAAGCGCAAGAACACAGAUGUGUUCUCAGAGACGUAUGACAGGUUCCGUGACAAGGAUGCCAAGGAGAAGGCACAGGACGACGACAUGUUCGUGCUGAAGCGAAAGGAUCACGAGCUGAAAGAGGACGACUAUACCACGACACAGAUCUCAAGAAAGAAGGAGAAGAGGAUCAAGAAGAAGCUAGCUCUGAACGACCCGUCAGAGAUGGUUCUACAAGAGUCAAAGAUCGUGCCAAAGAGGGGCGACGACCUGCCCACCGACUACCUGGCACAGUCGAGACUCAAGAUGGCCGAGGCAGAUGUUGAGGACAAGGAGGUGCACAGAGAGAAGCUCAAGCUCAGGCGUUUGGCCAAGGAGGCUGCCGAGCGUGAGAGAGAGUUGCAAAAGAAGGGUGGAGCUGGAGACAAGAAUGUGGCAUACUUUGUGCCACCAUCAGACGAGGAAGAGAAUGGCGAUGAUGACGAUGGGGAGGAACAAGAUGAUCAAGAUUAUGACAAUGACGACGACAACGACGAAUACAACGAUCAAGAGGAUGAGGAUUAUGAGGAGGAGGAGGAAGAGUUCGUCGCCACCACAGCCAACAACAAGAAGAGAAAGAAUGUUCAACAACAGAGCAUUGAGGAACAGGAGAGCCUUGCACUGAAGCUACUCGCAAAGAAGAAGAGAAGUAAUUAA